UCCUCUCGCUCACUCCGUCUCGCGCUCCCUCACUGGCUCGGUUUGAAACUAGUGUCCGCAGGAAGCGAAAAGCGAAGAAAGGAGAGAGAAAUGGAGCCGCUGAAUCCGCGACCAGAGGAGGAAUAAUAAAACACAGCGAAGACCGAAACACGUGAAUUAAAACAGGAAGAAGAAUCUCGGAGCGAGAAAACUUUUUCCCAGGCUGAGCGGAGAGUCGCGCGCGGCCAUCAUGGGGGAUACACUUUUCUCUGGAACGCUGGGACUCUUUUUCCUCUUUUCGAGAGUUGUUUGCGGACAGUUACCGACAGGAAGUUGUACAUUCGAUGAAGGCUUCUCACAGUGUGAUUACCAACAAGACCCUUAUGAUGACUUUGACUGGACGCACAUCAACACCCAGGAAGUGCCAUAUGUGUCACCAGACCUGCCACAAGGUUCCUACAUGUUUGUGGAUGUUUCUCAGUAUGAUGUCGGAGAAAAGGCCAGGUUUCAGCUGCCAGUCAUGAAAGAAAACGACACUCAUUGUAUUGACUUCAACUAUCUGGUCAGCAGCCCCGACGGCUCCACCCCAGGAGCUCUGAACAUCCUGGUGAAGGUAAACAAGGGCCCUCUGGCAAACCCCAUAUGGAACGUGACAUCUUACACCGGUAAAGACUGGCUAAAAGCUGAGCUUGCUGUCUCCACGUUUUGGCCUAAUGAAUAUCAGGUUAUUUUUGAAGCAGAGGUCUGGGAGAGCAAAGCUGGCUUCAUCGCCAUAGAUGACAUUCAAGUGCUCAGCUACCCAUGUGAUAAGUCGCCUCAUUUCCUGCGACUUGGGGACGUGGAGGUGAACGCCGGGCAAAAUGCCACAUUUCAGUGUAUCGCCACGGGACGAGACACCUCCAAUAAUAAACUCUGGUUACAGAGGCGAAACGGAGAGGAUAUUCCAGUGGCUCAGACCAAAAACAUCAACCACAGACGCUUCGCCGCCUCCUUCCACCUCAAAGAAGUCACCAGUCAGGAUCAAGACCUGUACCGCUGCGUCACCCAAUCAGAGCGCGGCUCUGGGGUGUCCAACUUUGCAGGCCUCAUCGUCAAAGAGCCUCCACACCCGAUCGCCCCGCCCCAGCUGCUCGGGGUUGGUCCCACAUACCUGCUGAUUCAGCUCAACGCCAACUCCAUAUUUGGAGACGGACCGAUUAUACUGAAAGAGGUGGAGUACCGGAUGACGUCAGGAAGCUGGAUCGAGACUCACGCUGUGAAUUCUCCCAACUACAAGUUGUGGCACCUGGAUCCCGACACCGAGUACGAGAUCAGAGUGCUACUGACCAGACCAGGGGAGGGUGGGACGGGCAAAGCAGGACCACCACUCAUUACUCGGACCAAAUGUGCAGAACCCAUGCGUACUCCAAAGAGGCUGAAGAUUGCCGAGACCAGGUCUCGUUUGAUUGCAGUGGACUGGGAAUCCCUGGGUUACAACAUCACUCGCUGUCACACUUUUAAUGUGACCAUCUGCUACCAUUAUAUGACUGCCAAUAACCGCAGCAAAGCCGACUGCUUGGAUAUGGAUCCUAAAGCACCGCGCCACCUGGUGGGAAACCUGCCCCCGUACACGAACGUCAGCCUAAAGAUGAUCCUGACCAAUCCAGAAGGACGGAAAGAAAGCGAUGAAACCAUUAUUCAAACAGAUGAAGAUGUUCCAGGUCCUGUUCCCAGUCAAUCACUUAGAGCCACUCCAUCUGAAGAGACAAUAAGUCUACACUGGAAGGAACCAGCUGAGCCCAACGGAGUCAUCACUCAGUACGAGCUCAGCUACUUUGGGCUGCGCUCGUUUGACCCUUCAGUGCCUCUGCAGCGGCCGGGACUCACCGUGUCGCUGCCUUCGAACACCACCCAUUACACGUUUUCCCAGCUCCACCCGGGCGUGACCUAUCAGCUGACCAUACGAGCAUCUACCUCGAAAGGAUUCGGUCUGGCAGCCACACUUAAUCUGACCACUAAUAUCUCAGCCCCGACUAUAGAUGAGUACGACGUGUCUGAGGCGUUCCUGAACGAAACUGCAACAACCAUUACUGUCCUACUCAAGCCUGCUCAGGCCAAAGGAGCUCCUAUAAGUGCGUACCAGAUUGUGGUGGAGGAAGUGAAUCCUCAGAGGGCGCGUCGCCAGGCUUCUUCUGAUUGUUUCCAGGUUCCAGUUUCCUACCACAGUGCAUCCAGUGGUGGUUCUCCAUAUUAUUAUGCUGCCCAGCUGUCCCCAAGCAAUCUGCCUGACCCUCUGCCUUUUACUGUGGGAGACAACAAAACAUAUCAGGGUUUCUGGAAUCCUCCGUUGGCUCCAAGGAAGAACUACAACAUUUAUCUUCAAGCUGUUAGCAGCACCGAGAAGGAAACCAAGACGCAGUGUCUGAGGCUGGCUGCUAAACGUGCUACGGAGGAGCCAGAAGUCAUUCCUGACCCCGCCAAACAGACGGAUCGGGUUGUGAAAAUCGCUGGAAUCAGCGCCGGCGUUCUUGUUUUCAUACUGCUGGUGCUAGUCGCCAUCCUGUUGGUCAAGAAGAGGAGGACCUACUAUUCAUACUCUUAUUACCUGAAGCUGGCCAAAAAACGAAAAGACGCCAUCGGAACAACCCGACAGGAAAUGACUCAUAUGGUGAACGCGAUGGACCGCAGCUACGCUGACCAGAGCACUCUGCACGGAGAAGACCCCAUGGCUGUGACAUUCAUGGACUCUCACAACUACAACAACAGAUUGCCCAACGAUCCUCUGGUUCCCACUGCGGUGUUAGUUCCAAUCACAGACGAGAACCACAGCGGCUCAGCAGCAGAGAACAGCAGACUCCUGGAUGUUCCUCGUUAUCACUGCGAGGGGACGGAGUCCCCCUACCAGACGGGACAGCUGCACCCUGCCAUCCGUGUGGCCGACCUGCUGCAGCACAUCAACCUGAUGAAAACAUCGGACAGCUACGGCUUCAAGGAGGAAUAUGAAAGCUUCUUUGAGGGCCAGUCAGCAUCCUGGGAUGUGGCAAAGAAAGAGCAGAAUCGUACGAAGAACCGCUAUGGGAACAUUAUAGCGUAUGAUCAUUCACGGGUUAUACUGCAGCCCAUAGAAGACGACCCCUCCUCCGACUACAUCAACGCCAACUACAUCGAUGUAAGUGGAAACACAUCGAAUGGUACUAUUGGCUCCCAACGAAACCAACGAAACCACACUCCCUCGCUCAUAUGGCUGUACAGGGAUGGUUACCAGAGACCAAGCCACUACAUCGCUACCCAGGGUCCUGUUCAUGAGACGGUGUAUGAUUUCUGGAGGAUGGUGUGGCAGGAGCAGUCCGCCUGCAUUGUCAUGGUAACUAAUCUGGUGGAGGUUGGAAGGGUGAAGUGUUAUAAGUACUGGCCAGAUGAUGCCGAGGUGUACGGAGACUUCAAGGUGACCUUUGUGGAGGUCGAACCUCUUGCUGAGUAUGUGGUCCGUACCUUUACACUGGAGAGACGCGGCUUCAACGAAGUGCGGGAGGUGAAGCAGUUCCACUUCACCGGCUGGCCUGAUCACGGAGUUCCAUAUCACGCCACCGGACUCCUGUCCUUCAUCCGCAGAGUCAAGAUGUCCAAUCCACCCUCCGCUGGACCGAUCGUUGUCCACUGCAGUGCUGGGGCGGGACGCACGGGCUGCUUCAUCGUCAUCGACAUCAUGCUGGAUAUGGCCGAGCGAGAAGGAGUGGUCGACAUCUACAACUGUGUGAAAGCUCUCCGCUCCAGGAGGAUCAACAUGGUACAGACUGAGGAGCAGUAUAUAUUCAUCCACGAUGCCAUCCUGGAGGCUUGUCUGUGUGGAGAAACAGCCAUCCCCGUGUGCGAGUUCAAAGCAGCCUAUUAUGAGCUGAUUCGCAUCGACUCCCAGACCAACUCGUCUCACCUGAAGGACGAGUUCCAGACGUUAAACUCGGUGACUCCUCAGCCUCAGCCAGAAGACUGCAGCAUCGCCCUGUUGCCUAGGAACCAGGAUAAGAACCGCUUCAUGGACGGCCUUCCUCCUGACCGAUGCCUGCCCUUCCUCAUUACAAUAGACGGAGAAAGCAGCAACUACAUCAAUGCUGCUUUGAUGGAUCUGUCAGAAGAGUUCCAGAGCUACAGACAGCCUGCUGCCUUCAUCGUUACCCAGCAUCCUUUGCCCAGCACAGUCAAAGACUUUUGGCGGCUAGUUUACGACUAUGGCUGCACCAGCCUGGUGAUGCUGAACGAGAUCGACCUGGCUCAGGGUUGUCCUCAGUACUGGCCGGAGGAGGGCAUGCUGCGUUACGGUCCGGUCCAGGUGGAGUGCAUGUCCUGCUCGAUGGACUGUGACAUCAUCAGCCGGCUCUUCAGAGUCUGCAACCUCACCAGGCCUCAGGAAGGCUACCUGAUGGUCCGUCAGUUCCAGUACUUGGGAUGGGCGGGGCAUAGAGAAGUCCCCGCCUCCAAACGCUCCUUCCUCAAACUGAUCCUUCAGGUCGACCAGUGGCAGCGUGAAGGAGAGGAGGGCGAGGGAAGGACCAUCGUGCACUGUCUGAACGGAGGCGGGAGGAGUGGAGUGUUCUGUGCCAGCAGCAUUGUGUGUGAAAUGGUCAAGAGGCAGAAUGUGGUGGAUGUCUUCCACGCUGUGAAGACGCUGAGGAACAGCAAGCCCAACAUGGUGGAUACUCCCGAGCAGUAUCGGUUCUGCUAUGACCUGGUUCUGGAGUUCAUGGAGUCGUCCUAAGCAAAGGAUGGAAGCAGGAAGUAAAGCCGGGGAUGAUCUGUUCCCUGCUCGUGUUUGAACCUUUGUCGUGGUGUUCUGUAGCAUCCACUUUCCGUCUCAACAUGUGCUGCGAGUGGAUUGGGCUCGUUGUACAGCGGUGUUCUGCACAGGGAAAUGUUUGGACUUUUUUUUUAAGAGGACUGCUGCAGUGCAGAGGAGGAGACGUUACUCCUUUUAUUUCCUUUAUGCUUAUUGUACAGCUUUUUGAGUGCCAGCGGGGCUCCUGUAUGUUUUGGGCCUCGGUUUAAAUGUUAAACCUCUCACCACAACCCUUUCCUCUGGACUCGAUGCUUUGUGCCGUUUCAGCUGCAGUACUCAUUGUGAACUGUAGAUGUCGCCCUUCUCCUUUUGCAAGCUGGCAUCCCAGCUUACAACAAACUGCAAGUUCAAGUUUUCUGUGGGCCCGCAUUCCCAUGAUCAUGGUAUUUUUUUUAAAAAAAGGACUUUAACUACGUCUGAUCUUGAUGAUUUUUCUUUUUAAUAUUUGCUGCCAGAAGUUUUGUACUGGCGCAAAAAAAAAAAACCUGAACUUACAGCCCAGCCAAACGUGAUGAGAGCUUCUGUUUCUGGUCACUUCCUCUUCAUGUUAGGUGUCUGGUCAUCUCAGUCGAGUCUGAGUUUAUUGAUUACGUACGAGUUAUUUUUAACCUCUUCUGUUUUAAAUUGGUCACACAUAACGAUGUAAAAACAGAUGAAGAAAAUUAUGUUUGUGUUUACUAGUUUUUUGUUGCAUCGUGUGCUAAUUUCAAGGAUAGAAGUUUCAAAGUCUUUUGUGUGAACGUGAAUUGUAAAAACAGAUAGUUUCAUUGUCAUCAUGUUUAUUUCAGGGCUGGGCCCAAUGCACUUUCAAUUCAGCCAGUUCACAACAGAUAUGAGUCCAACAAAUCCAGACGAGCCUGUUGUAUAAAAGGACUGAGAUUAUUUGUUGCUUUGUUAAAAAAAGAAAAACAGCAGAAUUGGAAGUGAACUGACCCCAGGCUUCAUUUGUUGUGUGCUCUGGUGGCCAACACUUUUUGUUUGUUUGAAUUUUAUUAUUUUGUAGCUGAUGUUUCUUCAUAAGCCAAAGACUUUGUGUAAAUAUGUGUAUAUGGAUAAAGCACAUUGUUUGUAUUUAUUGUUUACUUGCAUUGCUCGUAAGAACAAUCAUUUUUCAUUCCACGUUUACUCUACCAGCAGCGUUUCUUAAACCGUGUUUUGGGGGGCGGGGCAUGGAAAACGGGCCGGUUCACCUGGAGUCCUGAAAUAUCAGGUUUGAGUCCUUGAAGAGUUUAAGAAGCCCUGAUUGAAGCUGUAUAUUAGGCCUUAGAUAUUGUUUUUCAGUAUUUAGGUGGAAUCCAGUUGUAUUGUCUUUUUUUUU